AUGUUAAAUCUCUCUUUUUCGGUAACAUGCAACAAGAGGCAUGCUCCCGCGACCGUUGUGCGAGCAUUUGGGUUUCUAUUUCCAGGCGAAAAACCGUUCAAGUGUGAAUUCGACGGUUGUAAUAGGCGGUUUGCCAACAGCAGUGACAGGAAGCAGCACACUCACGUGCACUCCCGCGACAAACCUUACAUCUGCAAAGUCGAGGGCUGCGAGAAGUGUUCCACUCACCCCGGCUCUCUGCACAACCACGUGAAGAUGCACGGGGCCGGUCCUGCCCACGGCCGGCCCCCUGCCCACACCCCCUGCCAAGCCCGAGAGGUGCCCCCCGCCGGCCUCGGUCCUGAGCAGUGAAGUCACGGGCGCCCCUUCCCCUUUGAA